AUGUCUCACGAGUCAGGCGAGUUUCAGGAGGAUGUUCCUCGUGAAGAAGCAGAAUAUUUGAAUGCAAAUGAAGUCCAAGAAGAAGUCCCCAAUGAUUUUGACGAAGACAAUUAUUCUGAUGAUGGAGAUGAAGUAAAUGCGCAAGACAUGGAUGUUGUUGAUGAUGGCGAUGAUGAAGCUCUAGAAAUCGACUUGUCAAAUAAUUCAUGGACCUAUUUUGAUCAGCAUAAAGAUUCGAUAUUUGUCAUAGCGAGUCAUCCAACGUUACCCAUGGUGGUAACUGGAGGUGGAGAUAAUACAGCUUUUAUGUGGACAACACAUUCACAGCCGCCAAGAUUUGUUUGUGAGCUACAAGGACAUAAAGAGUCUGUUAUCUCUGCUACUUUUACUCAUGAUGGUAAAUAUGUGAUCACUGGCGAUAUGAAUGGAUUGAUUCAAGUCCACAAGUCAAAAAGUGGUGGCCAAAAAUGGGUGAAGUUCGCAGACUUGGAAGAAGUCGAAGAAGUACUUUUCAUUACUGUGCAUCCUCUUCUUCCAUAUUUUGCUUUUGGAGCACAAGAUGGUUCUAUAUGGGUGUAUCAAAUUGAUGAAUCAUCUGGAACCUUAGUUCAAAUAAUGUCGGGAUUUCUGCACACACUUGAAUGUAAUAGUGCUGCUUUUAUUAAACCUGAAAAGGUGGACGAACUCAAUUUAGUGUCGAUCUCUGAGGAUGGAACAGUUGUUUACUGGAAUUGCUUUAGUAAUACCAUUCAAUUUAAACUUUCACCACAUGAUGAAUUCAAGGGAUUAGAGAGUCCAUGGGUUUCGCUUAGCUCAUAUAAAAAUCUUACGGCUGUGGGUGCUCGCGAUGGGCAGUUGGCAAUCAUUAAUAAUGACACUGGUAAGGUUGUUCAUUCCGUGAAGACGAUAGAAAAUACAGAUGACGUGGCAGAUCUUUCAAUCGAAGCAUUGGACUGGUGCCAUACUCCACUGGUUAAUCUUCUUGCGGUUGGGCUCGUUUCUGGUGAUAUAUUACUCUUUGACACUUUGCAAUGGAGGCUUCGCAGAUCUAUAAAACUUGAUGACACCAUUACCAGGCUACAAUUUAUAGGUGACACCCCUGCUUUAGUUGCGUCUUCCAUGAAUGGUAAAGUUUAUAAAUGGGAUGCUAGGACGGCUCAGGAGUUGUUUGUAGGCGUGGGCCAUAAUAUGGGAGUAUUAGAUUUUGCAGUCUUGGAAGAAGGUAAAAAGAUAAUUACUGCUGGUGACGAAGGUGUAUCUUUGGUGUUCGUUCAUGCUUAA